AUGUCCAAUACACCAUCAUCCACCUCUUCCUCCGAUGCGCCGGACCAAGCCUCUCAGCACACUCAAUAUCGGCUGCGCGUGACGGCCGGCCCUUCGCACGACCCGUCAACACACAAGCUGGUGCCAGUGAAUGCAGACGAGACCUUGACGUUCGAGAACGACCAUAUAAUCCUAUCUCUCGCCGUGAGGAUCCAGCGAUUCACGGGCUUCCCCGACGAUUCGCCCGAAACCUCGCCGUACUUCGACCACGAGCUACACAAGUCUGAUCAGUACUCGAUAGCUUUUUCAUUCAUUCCGAAAUUAGACAUUCCCGGCGGCGACCUCAUCUUUGGCAACGACUUCGACAGACCGAUUCGAGACAGGUUACCGCCGGGAUUCAACCAGGCGUUCAGGAUCGUAAAAUGGUUCAUUGAUCCGGGCCUCGAGGGCGAUGUUUACGCCGACAAACCGUCGUUGUUUGGCCCGGCGUUGAGCAGUUGGAAUUAUCUACGGAUAGGGGACAAAGUAGUGGAGCAAGAUCAAUUACAGGACAAGAGCGCAUGGAAGAUCCCUAAUGCCGCGUCCUUCCACGAGACCAUCGUGGAAGAGGGCGGCGAAGGGUCUGGGGAAGAGGUUCGAAAGGCGGCCAAAAUCCCCGAUGACUCGGCGGCGCGCAAGAAGUACUUCCUCACACCUGCCAACCGGGACGCUUUCGUGUUCGAGGCCGGCCGCCUGUACCAGGCCGACUUCGGCAAUCCGUACCUCGACUUCAAUGAUUUCUCCCUCAAGUUGCCAGGCUUCAGCCUGAACGUUAUCAGAUAUGUCGAUUCCAAGUCGCACGAACUGCGUUACACUCUGAAGAACAAGUCGUCUGGGGAGAUAUAUGCCUCUGUGGUUUUCACACUUCUUUUUGGCGAGGAGUUAGAGCAGGCCGAGGCUGAAGCUGGCCAGGGCGAGGGUGUCGGCAGGCUCGCCCAGAAAGCCGAACCGAAAGAUACAGAGAAAGAAGACAAGAAAGACCAAUCACCGCCAGAUAUUAACGACGAUGACGAGGGCGUUGAUUAA